AUGGGGGAAGAAGCAAGGGAAUGGAACAGAGGAACAAAUCUUUCUCUUGACAUGAACAAGUUCCCGAGAGAUCUGUUACGAGGCUUCAUGUCUGAAAACGUUGACGGAAGAGAUGAAACUUCCGACUGCGAAGAUGAGACAGCGGUUGAGCUGAAUCUUGGUUUGUCCUUAGGAGGUCGGUUCGGAGUAGACAAGGCUCCGAGGAAGCUUAAACGAUCUUCUUCUGUUUUGAGCACUAUGCCGUUUGAGAGCUCUAUCGUAGCUGACAAGGAGGCGGUCGAGCCGGAGAAUUACACGGUGGGUUUAGCGAGAACGACGUCGCUGCCGGCGGAGAUGGAGGAGGAAUGGAGGAAGAGGAAAGAGAUGCAAUCGCUUAGGAGAAUGGAAGCCAAGAGGAGGAGAUGCGAGAAACAGAGCUCCCAAACGGCGUCGUUUGAGUCUGAGAGAUGGGUCAACGCUAGUAAAAGCGGGUUUCUACAGAGACAUUUGGUUUCUCCUAGACAAGUGUGUGUUGAUUCCCAUGGAGGAGGAGGUAGCUCGUCGAGCUUGUCGGAGCUGGACAACAAGAAUCAUCAACAAGGUUCAUCAAACAGUUGUGGUGACCAAAUAAGCCCCAAGAUCGUGACAAGAUGUUCAUCUAAUAACAGCGAAAGCCACGGGAAUGAGAACGAGAAUGCUAAAGGCAAAGGGACGGCUUCGUCUACCGGUUUGUUCGACAUGCCGUGUGUGUUCACCAAAGGUCACGGUCCAAACGGAAGACGUGUCGAUGGGAUUCUAUACAAGUAUGGUAAAGGAGAGGAGGUUAGGAUCAUGUGCAUUUGCCAUGGUAGUUUCUUGACGCCUGCUGAGUUUGUUAAACACGGUGGUGGUGGUGAUGUUGAUCGUCCUCUUCGGCAUAUCGUCGUCAAUACUUCUCCUUCAACGUUUUGACAUGAAAGGAUCUUGUCUUCUUGUUUCAUCUUCUAGUUGUCUUAUGUUUUUAAUUUUCUUCUGCUUGGUUUGGCUUUAAGAAUGAAUUGCCAAAUCUCAAACCUUGAUGAAGAUCAAGAUUCUCAUGUGUAAUACUUGAGAACAUCAAGAAUCAUUAAAUGAUUAAAUGAUUCUUAUUUUGCCAGUAA